CGAGAGAGGAUUUAUUGAUUGGUGUGCUUACUUAAAUACAUAUUUGUUUGUAUUUUAUUAGAUGUUUGUUAAGAGGUAUUUAAAACUUUUUAUACAUAAAUAGUUGUAGUGGUAAUUUUCCAUCAAAGUUGUGUCGUAUAUUUCAUUGAAUUCAUGACAUGUGCUUUUUGUCGCAACUUAUUUAAAUAACAGGACACGAAGUGGUUAAGAUGUCGACUGGCCUUGGUGACUAAGACGAAAUAUUUUUCAUGAUGGCCGUGCGACCAAGAAAUACAGAUGAAUUUCAUUCACAAUAUCAGCCAAACAGAAAUGUUUUUUGUGGUGCGUGCCUGGAAGAGGAUGUCCAAAGAAACUCGGUUGCAUACUGUCUGAUGUGUGAUGAACACCUUUGUUUAAGUUGCGCAAAGUAUCACAGGAAAAUGAAGUUGUUAAGGCAUCAUGUUUUAAAAGAAAUAGUUGACCUGGUAUCAGAGAAUCACCCUGGAAAACCCUUGGCAGGAAAAAUUGAUUAUGAUUCAAUACUACUGAUAUGGGAGCCUCCACUAAAGUCAAAAGAAGGGGAUUACUACCAGAUAUCGUACAAGGAUGUAAGCAACAAUAGAAAAUGGAAAGUUGAUGAAUGUGAAUACACCGUACCAGUUGCCACAAUUUCAUGUCUGCAGCCUAAUACCAUAUAUAUAUUUCGUGUGAAAGUUAUACACGAAAACGGCGAGGAAGGUCCAUACAGUCAGGCAACUGCGGAAAUUCGAACACUACCCUCACUUGCAUUAAGAUUAACAAAGACUUUGACUCCCAAACAAACGAUAGGAUCAUCAUCUAUAUAUUCGUUGCCCUUUACUGAAAUGAAAGCAGUGGAAAAUAGCAGGGCCCGUGCAAAAAGAUUUACUUUUGGAAAUCCACAUUCAGACGGAUAUGUUGAAUCAAAAACAAUACUAUUAGUUGGUGCAACUGGAACAGGAAAAAGCACGUUUGUAGAUGGUAUCGUAAACUAUAUUUUAGGUGUAACAUGGGAAGAUCCGUUCAGAUUUACGGUGACCAAUGUAGAGGAUGAGGAACAUUUGAACCAGGCGAUUUCUCAAACAGAAUACAUUAAAUGGUUUACAAUAAAUCCGGAAAAGGGAAGCCGUUUGAACUAUCAACUGCAUGUUAUCGAUACACCAGGAUUCGGUGAUACACGUGGAAUUGAAAGAGAUCAGGAAAUAGUUGAACAGAUUCGUAAUCUUUUCUCCGAGACUGAGCCAAAUGGUAUCACUUUUAUUGAUGCAGUCUGCUUUCUAAAUAAAGCACCAGAUGCACGUUUGACACCUUUACAGUCCUACAUUUUUCAUUCAAUUAUGUCAUUAUUUGGAAGAGACAUAGAAAGCAAUGUAUGCUCUGUCAUUACCUUUGCCGAUGGCGGUACUCCGCCUGUCUUGGCUGCAUUACAGCAUAGCGGACUUCCUUUUGGAAAACCAUUUUCAUUUAACAACUCUUGUCUAUUUCUCAAAUCUGACGAGGAUAAAGUUGAACCUGAUUUUGAUGUUUUAUUUUGGAAUAUGGGACAAAAAAGUUUUAAUGUAUUUUUUGAACAUCUUGACCAGCUUCAAUCAAAAAGUCUAAAAAUGUCUAAUAAUGUACUUCGUGAAAGGUUCUGCCUACAAGCUAAUUUUCAAAAUCUGAAGGACAGUCUUGAUGUGGGCCUUAAAAUUUAUAACUUUCUAAAGCAAGAGAAAAGAAUAAUUCGAGAAAACAAGUCAGUGAUAGAAGAAAAUCGACAUUUUGAGUACGAAGUUCAAGAAACAAAACAGAUUAAAAUGCCAAUUCCAAAAGGUGGCAAUGACGUUAACUGUAAAAGGUGCAGUUUUAAAUGCCAUACUUAUUGUAUGUGCCAUGAAAGUGAAGAUAAACCAAUGUGCAAGGUUAUGAAUACAGAGGGCUUUUGUGAAGUGUGUCCUGGAAAAUGUCAUGUCAAGAUACACCAAAGAGAAGAUUUUAGAUAUGAAUAUGUAUAUAUGAAGGUAAAGAAAACCUGUGCCGACAUGAAAGAGAAAUAUUGUGAAGCUGAAGGAAAGUUAUUGACACAUAAGGAGAUUGUAGAUAGAAAUGAACAAAUGCUCAGAGAGCUUACUUAUAAUAUAGAGCAAUUGAUAAUGCUUAUUCAAAAAUGUAACGAACGGCUUAAAGAAAUCGCUUUGAGACCCGAUCCCAUUACAGUGCAGGAAUUUAUUGAUUUGUUGAUCGGAGAAGAAGAAAUGUCGAGAAAAGAUGGUUAUUUGGAGAAUAUCAGCAAUUUGAAAGAGCUUCGCGAAUACGUUGAUAACCCAAUGCAUUUUAAAUCACGACAAGAAGAUUCAAGCAUGACAACUACCACUGUAAAAGAAAGUGGCAGUUCAAUAGACCAAGCAUUUCAACAGAUAACUCUGCGUUUGAGAAGCUACAUUCCAAAUUAUAAACAAUAAACUUUAAAUCUUUCAAACAAAUUCUAGGUUUUUUUACCAAUAUGCUCUGUUUUCACUUUGUAAAAGAACGUCUUAAUCUAUAGUACUAAGG